AGCUACACUCGAAUGCUAGAGAGUCUUUCCGAGAAAAAGGAAAGGGGAAAGAAAAAAAGAAAAAGAAAAAAAAGAAGAGGUGUUGUGAGAGGAAUUUGGAAAGAGAAUUGGACAGGUAAUGGGAAUUGAGAGAAAUGUCGAUCGAGAGAGUACCUGUUGAGAUCUGUAAAGGCAUCAAUGGCCUCGAGAAGGUCGUUCUCCGCGAGGCUCGCGGCAGUUCUGCCGAGGUGUAUCUCUAUGGGGGUCAUGUGACGUCUUGGAAGAACGAUCAUGGGGAGGAGUUGCUUUUUGUCAGUAGUCAGGCUAUUUUCAAGCCUCCAAAGGCAAUUCGUGGAGGUAUUCCCAUAUGCUUCCCACAGUUUAGUAGUCAUGGCACCCUAGAACAGCAUGGUUUUGCCAGAAACAGAAUUUGGAGCAUUGAGGCAGACCCUCCUCCUUUUCCGACAAACUCCUCCAGCAAGGCAUUUGUUGACUUGAUCCUUAAGCCUUCUGAAGAUGAUCUGAAGAUUUGGCCUCACAGUUUUGAGUUCCGGCUGAGGGUAGCUUUGGGACCUGGAGGAGAUUUGAUGUUGACAUCUCGCAUAAGAAAUACCAGCACUGAAGGAAAGCCUUUCACUUUCACAUUUGCAUAUCACACCUAUUUCUCUGUUUCAGAUAUCAGUGAAGUUCGGGUGGAAGGAUUAGAGACAUUGGACUAUCUUGACAACUUGCAGGGUAAGGAGCGAUUUACUGAACAAGGGGAUGCAAUAACUUUUGAAUCAGAAGUGGACAAAAUAUAUCUCAGCACCCCUACGAAGAUUGCAAUUCUGGACCAUGAAAAAAAACGGACAUUUGUGAUUCGCAAAGAUGGGCUUCCUGAUGCUGUGGUUUGGAAUCCCUGGGAUAAAAAGGCGAAGGCUAUGGCUGAUUUUGGAGAUGAUGAAUACAAGCAUAUGCUGUGCGUUGAGACUGCUGCGGUGGAAAAACCGAUCACGUUGAAGCCUGGUGAGGAGUGGAGAGGAAGGCAGGAACUAUCUGCUGUUGCUUCUAGUUACUGCAGUGGACAGCUUGAUCCUCAGAAAGUUCUCCAGAGCAGCUAAGAAAAUCCAUUAUGCUGUUAUAUAUUCUGUACAGGGACUGGGACUCAACAACUACUUUAAUUCACCCAACCACAAUAUUGGCUUUCUGUUCUUUAUAAAUUUGUUGGCCAGGCCUUGCUUUUAAAAUACUUCACAUUUAUAAUCUCUACCCAACUUUAUCGUGGUUAUAGAUAUGGUUAUUUUCGGUAAA